ACUUACUUCCAGAGAAACGGAGGAUGAGAGGGAUAAUGAUACCGUGCCGUUUUCUGGCAAGUGGCCUGUCGCUCGUUUGACUCUCUCGGGCCCGGGAUACGAAAAGACGGACCCGCGCGGGCUGUUUGGCUCAAGCCGGUUGUGCCACGCCGGAGCGCCAAGUGUUAUGCCUGUUUACGCCAGUGUGUUCUUUACUCACUAAUACUGGAUGGUCGUUGUAACUGGCCACCAGAGAUGUUCCUUCUUGACGAAAAUGGGGAGUUCCUCCGCGGUGCUUCUUCCGCUCCUGGCCCUGCUCGCCGGUUUGUACUCGACGCCUUUCUCUGUGUCUUCCGAGAACCUCGGUGGGUCUGCCUCUCUUGUUGACUUUGAAGCCGCGAGCGCAUCCUCUCUGCUUCAGCUGGGCCUGGCGUCAGCACCAUCUGAGCCAAAUCCACCAGACUCACCCGCGGCCGCUCCACAGCCUGAAGGUGACAAUGUCCCCGUACCAGCUGCACAGCUCGCUUCUUCAGAAAAACCAGGAAAUGACGCAGGGCACUUGAGCGCCGAAGUACUCGGGGAUUCUGAUGGCUCGAAUCGUGCCUCCCCGCCAGCUCAGAGCACCGGCGGACAUGGCUCAGAUGGAGGGACGCCUCCAGAGCCUCAGCUCCAGCCUAGCCCACUUCCCGGGGGCGCUGGUUCGUCUGUCGAUGAGGACGUUCAAACGACUGCCAAAGAAAUCUUCGACUAUUUUGUCAGUGGACAUGGUGAACAGCUUCUCACAUGUGCGGAAUGGCAGCCUAGGAACAUGUGGCCGAGAUUGACAAGAAGGUUCUGUCGGCGCUUCCGAAGCUCCAACCUUGUUGAAAACUGCGAACAGGCGGCUGUCAGUCUCCAGGAAAAGAUGAAAGAACUGUACAUUCAGCCAGGUCCAAAUCCAGUCCCUGAAGUUAUGAAAGGGCUGGGAUUGCAACUGGUGCACCCCACGAUUCCCAGAGGUGAAACCGCGGCGUCUAUCAAUGCUCUUGGACAAACGCUUGCCGCCGUGGCAGCUUCAGACGUUUCACGCGUUCAAGCAAAUAUUCCAACCCAAACCUGUUCGGCGAGGCGAAUUCUGGAGAGGCUUGGUCGAAAGGAUCGAAGGGAGAGGAGAAAACACCGCAGGAACGCCGAUGCCGCUGCUCACGCUCGUCGGGACGCGGCGUUGCGGUAUCUUUUGUUUUUGGACCAAGUCCCGGAGCCAGAUCCGGUUCUUAUUGGAUUGGUGGUUCACCUGGUCGACAUGAAGCCCUGCUGGAGGCGAACGCAGAAAGGAGAAACCUAUCCUCUCCGAACAGGACCGAAGCUCUUGGAGGUCAGGACAAGAGACGCAAUUUCCCAUGCGUUUGCUGGCGCACUUUUGACGGCCUUCUACAAGCCUACAGAACAAUGUCAGGGCGACUCUCUGCCUUACAACUGUGCAGUUCUUCUGGGAUCCCUUCAGGCUCGAGACUCGAUCGCUGCAGUCGCAGAGAAGGUCGUCGAAGCCGCUUCAGAACAGACCCAGGAUCUGAGUCUCAGCAACUCUUUGCCAGCGCAGGAAGGUGGAGCAACCUUGAGCUCUACCGAGAUUCCCACGCAAGACGCGGUGACUGACGCUUUGCUGCAUGUUCGACUGCGCGGCUAUUACACUACCCGAACAAUUCUUGCGACGGCUGGGAAAACGGGAUCGUUCGUCGGAUUUCUCGGUCGAUCGAAGAUAAUGUCGAAGCUGGUCGCAAAGAUCAUCACUGUCGUUAAACCCCUUGUUACCAGACGUCUUGGAAGCGAGGCUGAGCUCCUUACAGGCCUCCAACUGCAGCAAGGCGAAUCGAAGGCCACCCGCGAUUUCUUUGUCGAGCAGAUGUCAGCCACUGUUAUUUGCGGAACAGGGCGCAUUGGUUUGGGGAAUGUCACAUCAAAGCUUUUGUACCGUAUCCUUGGCUCCGCCUCACCCUUGGCGUCCGGAUCCGAAACAUCUACCAGUUUUCUCAACUUGGAAUCGCCGUCUCUUCUUGACUUCUCCCCACCUCACAGCUAUGUUAACGUGGCUGUUGCAGGUGGCCAGCUUCCAAGGCGGGGCGUCCUUGGUGCCUCGCGAGCCCUGGCGCCGGUCAGCCUCGUCUCCUUGACUCAGAAGAAGGGCAAGAACAAGUCGUGGAGUCGACAGAAACCCAGCUUAUUUAUUGGAGGCGUCCUUCUUAUGGGUAUUGCCGUCGGCUGCGGUGUAGGCUUCAGCUUUCUGUGGGCAGCUCCUUGGGCAGCCACCCUUGCUGCAGUUGCCGUAGCAGCUUUCUUGAUUUUCACAGUCCUGAUGAUCAUCAUAGGACAAAAAGCUUCGUUGCAUCGGUGGUUCCUGAAGGGUGCUCGCGCUGGCCAAAAAGCUCAGAAGGCGAGAGAUGACCUCCAACGGAGAAGACAGCAGCUCCAGAACCGAGUGGCAGCGACUGCUGGCCCACAGAACGGUUUCAAUGCAAACAAUGGUACAGGGGGUCCAAACGCCGUCGUAGGAACCGUUCCAUAUCGACCGCCUUCACCUCAGAACCAUCCAGCCGGAUACUACACUUCGCGAGACUACGGACAACACCAACCGACCUACGGAGGGCAACCAUAUGCUCCGCAAGGUUACGGACAACACCAACCGACCUACGGAGAGCAAACAUAUGCUCCGCGAGGUUAUGGACAACACCAACCGACCUACGGAGAGCAACCGUAUGCUCCGCGAGGUUACGGACAACACCAAUCGAGCUACGGAGGGCAACCAUAUGCUCCGCAAGGUUACGGACAACAACAGCCGGGCAAUGGAGCGAGCACUCUUCCAAUAUAUAGAGAACAAUAGCCGACCUAUACCUAGCAGUCUGCAUCACCGACAACGUCGGUGUAUUCGUCCAUACAUUCUCCGCCGCCGCAGCCAUGCAGGUAGCAUAGGGUUUCACCUUCCACUGUCUGGUGAAGGCUCACUGGACUCCCAUGUGACAAAGGACGGUCACUGCCUCUGGGAUGUGGGCAGCGUUCUGCGGGAAGGCCAGAACUCCGUUUUUUUCGGGGAACAACAAAGAUGACAAAAAGCCGUGCUACGCAACUUAGCAUGAAUGUUUUUUAUCAAUGAACUCGUGAGGCUCUGCGCCUGUUGUUGCUAGUGUCCUUUAGGAACGAAACAAACAGUUUCAGUAAGGCCUGGUUUCUACGGCAUUCGCACCCAGAUAUACGCUCGGUGUCCGUAGAUAGUUCCACGGAGGGGCCGAAAACGUGUGUGAGUGCUAAUAAAGGAAUAAAGCACAGCCCGCUUCACUGGGUUUAAUGCGUUCCUCGCGGAUAUCUGGCGCAAUGAAAAGAAAGCCGCUUACACUAGUGUCACACAACGGACGUCACGCGUUGUCUCGACUAACAAAAUAGCAUCUGGGCAUCACGCGAAAUACUCGAGGGAACCCGUACACUUUUACCUGAUCGAGGUUCUGUUGUGCUCGUCAUGACCAUGAGCUUAAGUGCAAUAAGUAUCGUGGUAUCGCUUACGCGUCCGUGACACCACGUCUUUAACUGGAACAUAUAUGCGGCGCUUGACGCAAGUUCACAAGCGUUAUCAAUCGUGGA